CUUUACACAAACGUAAGAUGACACACCCUCGGCGAUUGUAGGGCCCAAGGUCAGAGAGAUGCGCUACUCGCCGGAGCCGCACGAUAAUCCAUAUCAAUUCUCAGAAGUCUCAGGAAUACUCAUUUCUGAACGACCUAGAUGCGAAAUCUCCCGUGGUUACCGGAAAUGAUGCGUUAGGGCGUGCAGUCAGUCACGGCAGAAAAUAAAGCGAAAGCUGAACGUGUUCGGGGAACCUGACUUUGAGGGGACAACUUUUUCUCGAUCUGAGGAGCCCAACACGUUGGACUGCAAGGACGCAACAGACGGUCAGAUCCGAUACUGUCAUGGGUGGAAAAAAAAUAGCUGAAAAGGUCCUUGGAAAGCACCGACCGCAGGAUCUUCGAAGUUGGUUAGUCAGGGCGUCGAAUUGGAUGAUUCACCGUGUCCUUCUGGGGCUUUCGGGCAUGACCGUAUACUAUGUUUCUGUUCGGGUCCAACGACCAACGCAGAACUUAGUACUGUUUUCCAUCACAUCAUCGUCGCUUUUCUUUUUGCUUGUCCUUCUCUCUUCUGAACGUGCGUACAAAAAUGCAACGUUGAAAUAGAAGCGUAAUGCCGUAGUAGCGUUUCCAGCAGCCCUAUUGUCA